AUGUGCCGGAUUUUAAGGCAGGAAGAGCCAAAAGGCUCUUUUGAAUUAUUUCUGGAUGGAGUUGCAGCGACCGCCGAUAUUUCCAUCCUAACAGCAAGAAAAAUACCUACUUCGGGCCUUUUUUCCGAAUAUAGAAUAUUUAGAAAGGAUAAGAAUGCACCGGGUCCUUUAUCGUCAGACUCCAUCGUUGCUGUCGUGCGUUCCAACUUUUGGGGAACGGCCUUUGAAAUUACAUCUCCCUCGCUUUUUCAUUUAGAUGCUUCAUUACACCAGGAUAUAAAUAUUGGCUGCAUCCUGUAUAAGCCCAAUUUUCUUGGGAUUCACGGGCCUCGCCGGAUGAGGAUUCUUUUUCCAUAUUUAAACUCGACGUUCACGGCAAAAAGUCUCUCUUGUACCGGAUCCAUUGUUCAUUCAAAGGUUGACCCUACGUUCUUUUCUUUGUACAAAAAGAACUUGGCAAAAAACAAUGUGCUGCUUUUGAAAAAUAAGCAACCCGCUUGGAGUGAAGAGCAUCAAUCUCACGUGCUUAAUUUCCACGGCCGUGUUUCGCACCCCUCUGUGAAAAACUUUCAGCUCAUACAUCCAUAUGAAGGUAGAACCUUGGACUAUGAUGACUUUAGAUUCAUACAUAAUCAUGCAGUUCGGAAAGGUUGGCAAGGAUAUGUUUAUUAUGGACAUAAGGUAUCCAAUGUCCCUGGUCCAAGCGUUUUCCAUCGCCCUGACUAG